AUGCACCAGGCCCCGAGCUGCAGCGCGAGUCUUCCCGAGCGCAGCGUGAGCGAAGACGGCACUUUUUGCGAGAGUUUCAACGACGCCAUCAGCAGGCUUGGGCACGAUCUCGAAGUGGCCAGUGCCCCGGAGGCCGCGGGGCUCUUUAGCGCCCGGCCCGGCAGUGCACAAAGCGGCGCCAACGGCGGCCUCAACGAGAGCAUUUUCGACGACGUGCGGUACUUCCCAUGCUUGCGGGCGGACCAGAGUGCGGUGGCCAAGUUCGACGGCAAGCAGCCCGAGGUGUUGCUCCACGCCACGCUCCGCGCGUUGGUGGUGCAGCUCACGUCGCCGGAGGUGAUCGACUACAACCUCAUCUGCGACUUUUUCCUCACGUACCGCACGUUCACGGACGCGGCGGCCGUGCUCACGUUGCUCCUCACGCGGCUCGUGUGGGCGUUGCAGUACAUCGGCUCCGGCCUGCCGCCGCGGCAGAAGUUGGGCCAGCUGGUGCUUCUCCGCACGUUCGUGGUGUUGCGCCACUGGAUCUUGAACUACUUCCUCGACGACUUCCGGCCGGACGCGCGGCUCUGCGACAUGUUCGCGCGCCGCCUCAACCACAUCACCGGCGAGCUGCGCCUCGUGCACAGCGGCAUGGCGUUCGAGGUCAAGGUGCUUGCCGACUUGAAGACCCACUGGCUCGCGCAGCUCGCGGAGUUCUUUGGCGCGGCGGCCGCGCGCGACGCGUCCACGCCGGUCUUCGCCGUGCCCUUGCCCAUGGCGCCCGAGUACUUCGAGGCCCGGCGGCUCCCCAAGUCCAGCACCGAGGUGUCUCUCCACACGAACCCCUCCUUCCGGCGCCUGGCCAUGCUCUCGCUCUACGACCCGAAGCCGCACCACCGGGGCCCCUGGCCGGACGGCGUGGCCAGCCCCGAAAACGGGCCCCUCCCCAUCAGCAACUUGGUCAGCCAGCACCAGUCGUCUCGCGUGUCGCUCGACACCAAGAUGGCCGCGUUCCACACGCGGCGCGGCGCGGCCGGCGCGGCCCCAACGCCGCUUGCCGCGCGUCGAGAGCCCGUGGCCCCGAAACACAACCACAUGAACCUCAAGGACUCGUCGCUAGCGUUGAAGAAGACGACGGCCGUGCACCAGAACACCCCGCGCGCCGCCGGCCCCGUGCGGCCGGGCUUCGCCACCAACGGCCGCGUCAAGCUCCCGAGCCCGAGAAUCGCCGCGGUCGUGCCGCUCGCGCCGCUCGAGAACACGGGCCUCGGCGGGCGGGCCGACCCUCAGCCGCCCGCGCCGCACGACUUGGCCGAGCCCGGCCGCAGGAAGUCCCUCAAGCGCAUAGUCGAGGACUGGACCCGGGCCUUCGACAAGUCCACGUUCUCGCCGGAGCCGGACUUGGACACCCCCAUCGACACUGCCUUUGAGCACGCGCCCACGUACGCCAACGCGCCGCGCGAAAUCGCCGCCCGCGUGGACGUGCUCAGCGCUCGCAUCGUCGACGAGUUGGAGUUCGUUAUCCGCUACUACAUCGCCGACACGCCGCCGGCCGUUUCGCAGAAGAGCGCCCCGGACGCCGUCGACAGGAGGUCCAUUGCGCUAUCGCCUUCCGAGAACAUCGCCGGGGCGCCCAUGCCCACGGCUCUGGAGAAGGACAGGACCCGCGCUUCUGCCGCAACCACCAAGGACCUGUCCAUCCAGGACAUUUCUGAGUUGAACAUCGAGAAAAUCGACAAUCUCUUCAGCCAGAGCAGCAUCGGCGACCGCCCGCGCGACUUGGCCGGCCUGCUGCGGCUGCGGCCGCACGACUCCCUCGGCUCCGCGGCCAUCGAGCUCUCCAAGCAGUCCAAGCACUCGUCGUUUGCCGGCAAGGUCACCAGCAUCAACUGGAACGACGACGGCAAUCUCUUCCUCGACAACUCCGCGCUGCUCUGCGACUCCUCCGCGAGGCCUGGAACGCAGUUCUACGACACAAGUGGCGACGCCAACGACAUGGGCCCGGCACGCCCCCAGAACAGCCGCCCGGAAAACCGCUCCAGCGACUUCGACUCCAGCGACGCGGACCGGUAUGACAAGGAGGUCUUGGACUUGGGCAUCGCCAUCAGCCCGCAGUCGCUCAAGAGAAAGCGUGCCCAGCGCUUCAGUUUGCACCACCAGUUUGCCGCGGGCUCCUUGGGCAAGGCCGCCCCGUCUCUCUUGCGAAACUCCAGCGACUCCUUCCAUACACACAGGUCCAUGAAGUCGUACAUGAGCUACGACUCGGCGUUGUCGGCGUCUUCCGAGCACUCGGAGAGCGACCAGCACAGCGCCAACCUCAAGAAAAAACACGGCUACCACGACUUGAGACGGUUGGCCCAGGACGGGAACCCCCAAAACCUGAUUUUCACGAGGUUGUCCACGUCCUCCAACAUCUCCGCAAGCGGCCAGAGGGUGAAAAUUUCCAUGGCUUCUCACCUCUCGCGAACUUCUUCCUUGAUCAAAAAGAACAGCAGGGUGAGUGCGCUCUGUGCUUUGAUGGAACUACCCUUCAACCUGGUGCAUGAAAGCUAUGCGUCAACAAGCACGCGGGCGUUUGUGCAAGACGACUCCGGCAAGUUGGUUGAUCUUUCCUUGAGCUCCGUGUUCUCCAACGCUGUUGUGAAGGAACAACUCUGUGUCCAGGACUCGGCGGACGACAGCAUCAGAAUGUCCUCGGCGUCAGUUGCGAUCCCGGGAAUGAACAACAACAUUCUCAGGGAAUUGGCCUCCAUUCCAGAUGAGACGUUCACCACCAAGAACCCUAUUCAGUACGCCUUGUUCAAGCUCGAGGGAAGGUACAACAGCUCCGAAAUUCUAGAUAUGCACCGGGACACCACGCAGCCAAAUGCUGAGGAUGCGGAGAGGCCGCAAACGGCUUUUCUGAAUGAAGGCAAGAUCGUCGAAAGAGCAGCGACUGUCAAGAGCGAUGUGGAGAGGGAAAGCGUAGGAGAUGCUGCGCAGAAGGGGGCAAUUGACACAGUCCUAUUGUCUUCUACUCCAGAACCAUCCGUGUCUCCGCCCGACUCCGACGAUGUAUUCCACGACACAGACGAUAUUCUCGAUGAGAUCAACAACGCCAAUACCGAAGACGUAAUUGGGUACUCCUCGGACAUAGAGUACGAGUUGAAAAACAGGCCGAUAACCCCUAUCAAGAAGAGAAGCAGAUCCACGUUACUUUUGUCUCAGCCAACUUCCAAUGGGGCUCCCACGACCGUACCCAAUAGCGAGAGCAGCACUCCAGAUUCGCUUUUGAACCCAAAGCUUGUCUUGGACGUGUACCAGCUCGCUACCGAGAACCUUACUGUGAAACAAGUUUUGGCCGCUGGCAGCCAUGUUUCAUUUAUUUUGAGCUACACCCCUCGAGCCAUCGCAGAGCACUUCACUAUGAUCGAGCGUGACAUGAUGCAAGACAUCGACUGGAAAGAGCUCAUCGAGUUGCAGUGGAACAAAGAUUUGACUCCCGUGAACAGUUGGUUGGAAAUCAUUGUGAACGACGAGUACUACAAUAAGAACAAGGGCGUCAACCUUGUGAUCGCACGUUUCAACCUUGUCGUGAACUGGAUCAUAUCGGAGAUUUUGUUGACCAAGACCCAAGAAGAAAGAUGCGAAGUUGCGACCCGAUUCAUCCAUGUUGCCUAUCACAGCUACGAGAUGCAGAACUUCUCUUCAUUAAUGCAGGUGGUCUUGGCUCUUACUAGUGGAAAGGUGAGCAAGUUGCAAAGCACAUGGGACAGCAUAGAUCCGAGCGACAUUUUGGCUUUGAAACACUUGGAGAAAGUGACAUCGCCUUUGAAGAAUUUUGUCAGCAUGCGUGUGAGCACCAACCAGAUUAAACCUUCAAAAGGGUGCAUUCCGUUCUUGGGCUUGUAUCUCUCCGAUUUGAUUUUCAAUGCAGAGAGGCCGAAAUACGUGAAGAAGAAAGAGCUGGCGAAAAACACCAUGGCUGGUGCCGAGGUGGAGAAGAUGAUCAACUUCGCCAGAUUCAGGACCUCCGUGCACAUUGUAAAGUCGCUUUCUCAAUCUAUUGAGUGGUCGCAAAACUACGACUUUGCAGUGGACGAGGAGCUUUUGAGAAAAUGUCUCUACAUUACGUCCUUGGACGAAGAAGAGAUGAACAUUUGUUUGAAACAAACAGAGACCCAGCCGGCCGAUGGGCAUUAA